AUGACGCAGUUGCGCGGGAAUGACGGUAGACUAUGUCCGAAUGGUAGUUACUUAGUCAAUCUACAACGUCAGAGGCUAAUGGAAAAAUUCGCAAUACUGCCGGUUGAAGCUUAUCUGCGUGACGACCAGAUUGACAACGGAGUCGUGAGGUCUCAGUACAAUAAUGGUCCAUACAAUGCCGUCGGGAGGUUGCCAUUUAGAGCUCAUCAUGUAAAGAUCAGAUUGACUACAAAAUCGAGGAAUUAUACUUCCAUGUGUGGCUUGGUUUUCAAAUAUAAAUUGCAUAAAUGCAGCAGUUUGUUAAAUAAAAGUCUUAAACUUAGCUUGUGUUAUUGA